UAUAAGUUGUUGGUUGGCACUUUUCCAGGGGAAAUACAGCGCAGCUAGGCAUGAGAAGCAAGAUGUCAAUUUCUUUAACGUUAGUCUUUUUUGCCUUUUUGGGCUGCAGAACGUUGGUGAGAUGUGCAUAUCAAGACGAUCCAUUUUAUUACGACAAAUUUCCAGACGGCUUUCUGUGGAGUACAGCGACAUCCUCCUACCAGAUAGAAGGUGGAUGGAACUCUUCUGAAAAAGGUGAGAACAUCUGGGACCGUUUUACGCACACCUGCUGUCACAUCGAAGAUAAUUCCACUGGGGAUGUUGCGUGUGAUAGUUAUAAUAAGAUCCAAGACGAUGUUCAAUUGCUGAAAAGUCUCGGGGUUUCGCAUUACCGGUUCUCCAUCUCUUGGUCUCGAAUCAUGGCUGAUGGAACGAACGCCACAAUAAAAAGCGGGGGUAUUGAUUACUACAACAGACUUAUCAACGCCCUUAAGAAAGCCAAUAUAGAGCCAAUGGUGACGCUUUAUCACUGGGACCUUCCACAGGCACUACAAGACAUCGGUGGUUGGGAAAAUGAAUUGCUGGUUGGCUACUUUAACGAGUACGCAAGGACAUGUUUCAAGAGAUUUGGGGAUAGGGUGAAGCUUUGGUUGACAUUCAACGAACCAUUUGUUGUUGUGUGGGUGGGGCUAGGAUUUGGGGCACAUGCCCCUGGAAUCUCUGACAGACCAGGGGAGGCACCUUACAAGGCCGCUCACACCAUUAUUAAAUCACACGCUGAAGCAUGGCAUACUUAUGAUAACGAAUUCAGAUCAACACAGAAAGGUCGCAUCUCCAUCACACUGGAUUCUGACUGGAAAGGGCCAAAAGAUCCAAACAGUGCCGAUGACAAAGCUGCCUCCGAGAGGGCCAUGCAGUUCAAGCUCGGAUGGUUCGCGAAUCCAAUUUUCAAAAAUGGCGACUACCCAGAUGUAAUGAAGGAAUUGAUCGCCAAUAAGAGUGCUGAAGAGGGUCGAAGCACAUCAAGGUUACCAGAAUUCACGGAAUCUGAAAAACUCAGAAUUAAAGGCACAUUCGAUUUCUUUGGGUUAAACCAUUACACGACUCAGCUGAUAACCACCCAGUACCGCAGUGAUAAAAAACCAAAUUAUGGUUCUGAUAUGGAUGCAAAAGAGAGCCAGGAUCCCAGCUGGCAAAGGGCCGGAUCUUCCUGGCUGUAUGUCGUACCGUGGGGUUUGAGAGCACUCUUAAACUGGAUAAAGGACAAUUACGGAAACCCAGAGUUGUACAUUACGGAAAAUGGCGUUUCUGAUCGGAAUGCAUCUCUACAGGACGACCACAGAGUGGAGUUCUACAGGAACUACAUCAACAACGUCUUGAAAGCCAUCAAGAAAGACGGAUGCAACGUUAAAGGCUACACUGCCUGGUCUCUAAUGGAUAACUUCGAGUGGGCGGCAGGUUACACAGAGAAAUUUGGACUCCAUUACGUCGAUUUUUCGGACCCUGCCCGACCACGAAAAGCAAAGAAAUCUGCGGAGUUCUACAAGCAACUUAUUAAAGAUAAUGGUUUCAAUGCUCCUACUAGUGCUAGUGCUCCUACUGUUGGGCCCCGUCACCGCGCCUCUUCGGUUCUGUUUAUGGUUGUGACAUUAUUAGUUAAAUUUCUAAUGUGAAUUUUUGAAAAAGCGUAAUAACGCCCAUAUCAAGCGUAUGAAGCAUUAUUUUGUCCAAUUUUGCCAUGUGAAGCAAGAUCAUUAUCUUUUUUAUGUACGUUUUAAAGCAAGUCGUU